AUGCCAUUUGGUAUCUCCAAUGCACCAGCAGUAUUUCAACGAACGAUUGAUCAAGUUCUUGCCGGUGUAUCAAAUAGUAUAGCUUAUCUUGAUGAUAUACUAAUUACUGGUAAAGAUGAAGAAGAACAUUUAGCAACAUUGGAAUUGGUUCUGACAAAACUUGCUGAUUUUGGACUUCGUUGCAAUAUGGAAAAAUGUUCGUUCUUCCAAGAUGAAGUAGUUUAUCUUGGUUAUGUUAUCAAUUCAAAUGGUAAACAACCUGAUCCUACUCGAGUUAUAGCAAUUCAAGAUUUACCAGCACCAAGUGAUGUAAAACAAGUAGAAGCUUUUAUUGGAAAAAUUAACUAUUAUGGUAAAUUCAUCGCGAAUUUUUCACAUCAUUGUGCUCCAUUAAAUCGAUUAAGACAAAACAAUGUUAAAUGGAAUUGGGAUAGUUCAUGUCAGAAAUCAUUUGACACAUUGAAAAAACAAUUAGCAGAAACAACAAUGCUGGUACAUUUUGAUCAACAACUUCCAUUAAUACUCGCAACAGACGCAAGCAGCUAUGGAAUUGGAGCUGUACUAAUGCACAGAUAUGCCGAUGGAACUGAAAAACCAAUCGCACACGCAUCGAAAACUCUCAAUUCAGCUGAACGCAACUACAGUCAAAUCGAAAAAGAAGCCCUGUCUAUUGUAUAUGGAGUUAAAAAAUUCCAUCAAUACUUAGCAGCAAAAUCUUUUGAAUUAGUAACAGAUCAUAGACCUUUAUUGUCUAUAUUUAAUCCUGCAAAAGGUAUCUCAGUUACAACUGCAAAUCGUCUCGCAAGAUGGUCCAUUGCACUGAUGGGUUACAACUACAAGAUUCGGUACAAACCAACACAACAACAUGGAAAUGCUGAUGGUUUGUCAAGACUACCUGCUGGUGAAGAUAAAUCAUUCGUCGAUGAUGAAUCUAUUCAAGUAAACCGAAUUCAAGCUCAAGUAGUAGAAGAAGGUCCUGUUGAUUCAAGAGAAAUUCAAGCAGCAGUAGAUGCUGAUCAGCAUCUUCAAUUGAUCAAGAAAUUUAUACUAAAUCAAUGGCCAAAUUCAAUAACAAGAAAAAAUAAUCCGGAUCUAUUUCCAUAUUUUACUCUUCGACAAUCAUUAUCAGUGGCACAUGGAUGUAUCCUGAAAGACACACAAGUGGUUAUACCAAAAUCAUUACAACUUCGUGUUAUAAAAAUGAUUCAUCGUGGACAUCUUGGUGUUGUAAAAAUGAAACAAUUAGCACGUGUUCACUGUUGGUGGCCAAAAAUGGAAAUGGAUAUUGAAAAUAUAGCAAAGUCAUGCAAAACUUGUGCUGCAACAGCACCUAAACCAAAAGAAGAUUUCAAACCAUGGCCCGAACCAGAUCAUAAUUGGUCUCGUGUACACAUGGAUUUUCUAGGUCCUUUAUGGAAUUCAAAAUGGUUAGUAAUGGUUGAUGCAAAAUCAAAAUUUCCUUUUGUAGCAGACAUGGGAAACGAUACAAGUGCAAAGAAUCUUUGUAAUGUACUUGAACAAGCUAUUGAUUGGCUAGGUCCACCAACAACAUUGGUAUCUGAUAAUGGUCCACCAUUCACCAGUUUCGAAAUGAAUGAAUUUUAUAAAAAGUAUGGAAUACAAAAUAUCACCACAGCACCGUACCAUCCUCCUAGCAAUGGAAUUGCUGAAAGAUUUGUUAGAUCUUUCAAGGAAGGUAUAAUCAAGGAACAAGAAUCAGGUCAAACAAAUAAAUCAAUUGCAUUAAGAAACGUCUUAAGAACAUAUCGUUGGACACCUCAUACAAUAACUGGUAUUCCUCCAGCUGAAGCACUUUUUCAAAGACCAAUUCGAACUGAUUUAGCACGAUUACAUCCAAAUCUAACAACAUCAAAACCUAUACAAACAAGCAAAUAUGAUGUUAGACAAGAUAUUUGGAUGAUGAACCAUCAACGGAACAAAAAGUUUGAAUGGAAAUCAGGUGUUAUUAAGAAAAAAAUAGGUUCAAUGAUGUAUCAAAUUGAAUUAGAAAAUGGACAAACUUGUGUACGUCAUCAAAAUCAACUUCGAUUACGACAAGAAUCCAACAAUCAAUCAAUCGAUCUAGAUGCUCUACCAGAUGAUCUUUUAAACCGCAACAAACCAACAACUACUGAUCAACAACAAGCAUCUCAACAAUCACCUCGUUACCCACGUCGGCAACGGCAACCACCUGAUCGUUUUACACCGUCGUAA